UUUUCGCCGUACGCACAUGUCAUUUUGUUUUUUUACGCUUUACGUAUGCACUUUUGUGUAGUAAUCACUAUACUGUGCUACCAGAUUUUCUCGAACACGAGGUUUCAGUGCAUGUAGAAAUGGGUACCCGCCGACACUUGCGCAAUGUGCGACCUCUUAAUACGAAAUGAGUCCGCCUCCAACACUGCUUCUCGAACGACCAUGCGUCUGAGUAAUAUCGUUUUCCUAAACUGCCUAGCCAUCGUGAUUAAUGGCGCAACUCUGGAAGAACUAAAGGAAGCGUUGCAUACACGUCAGAAAGUUUGGACAACUGUCAGAAGCUACCACGUUGAACCCAAGGGCCAUGAACAGAAGUGCAUAUAUUUUGAAGCACGUUUAACAAAACAUUCGUACUACAUUGUUGACCUGCACUACGAGGAAAAUAAUGUUUGGAAAAGCCAGCGAGACUACGCAAAAAUAUUCCGUUCGCCUCGUGGCCCCGUAAUGCGAAUAGGCCCACAAAUUGGCAAGGGAUCCUCUGACUACAUUCUUUAUUUGUGGGUACCCGAAGAGCGAUGCGCUGUUUUGCUCAUCAUAAUUGCAGGCAAAGUUGAGUGUGAGAUGCACACUUGGGAAGAUCACGUUCGAAGGAUAACAUACCAAUGUCAAAGGGCCUACGAAAGCCGUUGUGGUAGAAGAGCAUAUCCUAUUUACAGCUCACGGUGUAGUCCCUGAAUAGCAAGCUAAGCGCAUGCGUCUCUUUCGGGAACAUUGUUCGGUGUAAGCGAAUGUUCUAUCGAUUUAUUUAUGUAAAUAAAGACGACAGCGAACAUUUUCAAUUCCCCAUUACAAAAGAACACACCAUGGCAACCGU